AACAGCGAACAUCAACACAUACAAGACAACAAAUCACAACAUGAAUACUAUUGAAAAGAAACCUACGCUUCCUCCCUUGGCGGAUAUCAUGCGAGUUCCUUUUGGACAGCAACCAAUGGCGGUGCCAGUUGAGCCCUCAAGACCAAAAGUGAUGAACGUCACUGUAUCAUCGCCUCCUUCACUCACGGUGCAAUCGAGCCCAAGAAAGCAACAGAAGUGUACCUGCAAAGCUGAUGGAUCUCACAUUCCAAGACCACGUAAUGCGUUCAUUCUCUUUCGCCAACAAUACCAUCAGAGAGUUUUGGACGAGGGCGAUAUGAUUAAGACGAAUCCAGAUGUUUCUCGUGAACUUGGACGUCGCUGGAGAGAUCUAUCUCCUAAGGAGAAGGAACACUGGAACAAGUUGGCUGAAGAAGAGAAGAAGCGUCACGCUGAGAAAUACCCUGGUUACCGUUAUGUUCCACGUCGUUUUGGCAAGAAGGGUUCUUGCCCACACUGCAAGGCAAAAUCACGCAGAACCACUACGAACGCCAUGGCUUCAUCCACAUCCCCAAAUUUGCCAAACUCAUCGACUGGAUUGGUGAGUCCUAUCUCUGUUAGUCCAAAGAGUCCAAUGACCAGUGACGAACAUGCUGUUGCUCAGAGCUUUCUCUCCCUACGGAACCAGGGUCAAGAUCACAUUGUAUAUCCCUCACAGCAGCAACAGCGUCAACAGCAUCAUCAACAACAACAACAGCAACACUACGCUCAAUAUCACCAACAACAGUUGCACAAUGCACCACAACAGUAUCAAUACCAACCACAACAUCAUAUUCCAGUGUACCACCAGCCAGUGGGACCAGCUCGCCAUACACACCACCAACCUCCAGCACAGUCUGUUGGAUACAUAGUUGGUCAAUCUCACUCUCCGCAACCUUUGUACCAACAACAGUACACGUUACCUCCUGUUCCAUUCAACCAGCCAUUCCAAACAAAGCUUCCCUCACUUAAACCAUACUCUGUUGGGCGUGAGUUGCCAGUCCCAGUCCCUUCAACGUCGAGUCUGGCGAGCUUGUUGAACUAGAGAACUUUACACCGCAAGAUCCUACCAGUUAUAUUUCUGUGAUACAGUUACGACAUUCAUACACACAUGCACAUUUUACAUCAUGAACUUGACCUGUUCAUCUAGAGAUUUCACAUUCACAUGAGAUAGGAGUUCCUUUUUCUUGUUUCAUUGGACGGCAGUCGGAAUAUCUCUAUAAUAGCCAAUGGCUGAUCUUUGAAAUAUUGCGCUUGAGGAUUCUACACACAUCCGAGCUUACGAAAUUCAAACUUUACCGAAAGCAUCGUCUUCGUUUAUCGAUGUUACACGGAUAUCCACGUUGUUUAUGAACAUGCAUUUAUGCCUUUUAAUUCGAAUUAAUUUGGGAAAGAUCUGGACCAACCCUUGUAGUGUAUAAAGAUUACAAAUAGUUCUUUGUUUUCAUUU